AUGGUCGAUUCUCCUACCGUCGCCGAGGGCGACCCGAAGGUUGAGUAUGGUACCAUCGUCAGGCAGACUGCAACACCGAGCAAUACAUCCGAGGACCUGGAAAGUUCUCGCCCGAACAACGCCAACUCAUUGAAAUCAAAGAGAGCAUUCUGGGCGUGGUUAUUGGUGUGCUUCUCUACGGGGCCAACAAAUGGCGUGGCUAAUAGAUACAUUCCCGCUGUAUUGCAGUCUGUCGCGAACGCUGUCGGCCAUGUGCCCGGUACGAAUGAGCGAUGCGCGACACGCGGCAAGAUUGUCUGCGUGGUCCCCUUUGGCACCGGCGUAGUCGACUAUAACAGUUAUAUCCUCUACCUCCAGGCCAUCAGCAGGUCGAUCGAGGGCGUACUCACAAUUUUGAUUGCUGGGAUAGCCGACUAUGGUCAUUACCGAAAGAACCUUAUGAUUGUUAGCAUUAUUCUAUUUGGAACGUUCGCAUUACCCUUCGCGUCCUUCAACGAGAAGUCGUACGAGAAUCUAGUCACGUACUCCGCGCUGUGGCUUACGCUAGCGGCUGUUUCCGCUGCCUACGGCACGAUUGAAUCCUCCUACAUACCGCUGUUCAUGCGCGAGUCUGGUUGGUUUGACAGGAAAACCACGACGACUUCGGACUCUACCACGUCGGCAGGGAAUGAACUGCGGCACAAGGCGCAGAUCAACAUCGGCACGAGGGCAAGUGUUCUUUCUCUCGUCGCUGGGAAUCUGGGGUCUAUCCUCUCCCUCCUGAUCGGGGUGAUCAUCGCCAACACCAGCCGGUCGGGACCGACGGAUGGCUAUCGCUCAUUCCUGAUUGCAAUCACCGUCGGUGGUGCCUUGACGGUUGCACUCGGAGCCAUCGGGUGGUUCUUUGUGCCCUCUGUUAGAGGCGCUAAGCCGCCUUCUAGAAACUUGGCGUUCUUGGCUCUCAAAAACCAAUUAUCGCUCUUGAAAUCCUUCCGUCGAUAUCCAGAACCCUUCAAGCUCUGCAUCGGCUGGGUUCUCUGGAACACGGCCAACAGCAAUUUCCAGUCGGUCCUGGGCUUGGCGUUCCGAGAGGUCAGCGGACUGGGCACGGGUGACCGUCUCUACACUGUAUACUCCUUUUUGGGCAUCGUUCUCGCAAGCAUCGGCUCUCUUUCCUGGAUGUUCUUAUACCCCGUGCUGCCCUACAAGAUGAAGACUUAUGCCUACUUCUUCCUCACCCUCCACGUGCUGUGGUGCCUUUGGGGGACCUUUGGUAUUAGUGAUAAUGUUCCCAUCGGAUUUAAGCACACAGGCGAGUUCUGGGGCGAAAUCGCACUCCUUAACCCAGCGACAAGCGCCCUUCGCGCCUGCAACAGGGUCAUGUAUGCGGCCAUGAUCCCUAGGGGCAAGGAGGCGCAUUUUACCGGACUCGAGCUCACGCUUGAUCUCGCAACGGGCUGGAUCAACCCAUUGGUACAGUCCGUGAUCCAGGACGCAACACAUAAUCUGCGAUAUCCUAUGUUGCCCAACUUAUUUCUCUUCUUAGUUUCCAGCGGCUUCUAUUUCUGGUUCGAUAUGGACAAGGGUAUCGAAGACUCAAUGAAGCCUUGGGACGAGGAUGUAGCUGAAGAGCAGAGUUAGAAGACACUGAGUUAGCACUCAUACUUCUGUACUACAUAUUAAUGUCAAAAAGGAUUAAUUACGUUCUCCUCGCAGGGGACUGCAACAUGGUGAAGUGUGAAAUUCAUUGAACUGUUUGCUCAAUCUUGAUGCCCAUUACCAACUCCUCUAUGCAUUGUUAAGAUACAUGAAAGAAAUCACGCAGAGUGGCCUCGAGGCAAGUCUUUGUUACCUUCGCGCCAACAUCAAUCAAUUAGACUGAACUUCUCGUCGGCGGACUUUUCUGGCAGCUCCGAGCUAGCCUUACGGAGGAGGAAAUAUCCACCCUUAUCCUCAUUGUCUACCCACCCCCCUGUAUAUUUCCCGCUGGCGACGGCUUGGCGCGCGACUGAUGCCUUCGUCAAAUAGGCAAGUCCAUCCCCCUCCACCUUCACAAUGCUAUUGUGCCAAGGUGUGGGGAUCUGGAAAUCAUAUAACGGCACUGGCUCGUGACGACCAUCGACGUCGUCAAUCGCGCGCACCUUGUCCCUGGGGAACAGGCGAAUACCAAACUUAGGCCCC